AAUACACGCAGAAACCCAUUCCUUGACGCAAUUUAUAUAAAGAAAAGCCGGUUUCUCUUUAUUUAUUUUUUCAUCAACAGUCCCAACUCCUCCCUCAUUUGGUAUUUGUCUCUGAAAACACCCUGAAAACCCUAGAAACCCACUGACACUAAUGGAGCUUCUCCGAUCAAAUCUCAACCGGGUCAGAAUUCCGGACCCUACACAUCGGGUCUACAAACACGAAUGCUGCAUCACUUUCGAUUCUCCGAAAUCGGAAGGAGGGUUAUUUGUUGACAUGAAUUCGUUUCUUGCUUUUGGAAAAGAUUGUGUUGAGUGGAACUAUGAGAAAACUGGAAACCCGGUAUAUCUGCAUAUAAAGCAGAAAAAGAAGCCGGAUCCUGAAGAUAGACCUCUGAAGAAGCCAACUCUUCUGGCAAUAGGCGUGGAUGGAGGAUUUGACAACAAUGAAGUUGAAUAUGAAGAAGAAUACUGUAUAGUUAUCUUGCCAGAUUAUGCAAAUAUACCUUAUCCUUCAGUCGACUUGCCUGAGAAGGUAAGGUUGGCUGUUGACGCUGUUGUUAGGGCUGAGGGUGCUGAAAGGAAAGAACAGGUUGCAUCAUGGACAGCUGAUAAGAAGCUUAUUAGUGAACAUGCGCUGACUCUCCAACAAAUUAACAGUGGUGUAAUUAUUCCUCCAUCUGGAUGGAAAUGUGCCAAAUGCGACAAGACUGAAAAUCUUUGGUUAAAUUUAACCGAUGGGAUGAUCCUAUGUGGCCGGAAAAAUUGGGACGGAAGUGGGGGUAACAACCAUGCUGUUGAGCAUUAUAAAGAAACUGGCUAUCCUCUUGCUGUGAAGCUUGGGACUAUAACUUCUGAUCUGGAAGGAGCAGACGUUUUCUGUUAUCCGGAAGAUGACAGUGUUUUAGACCCACUUCUAGCGCAGCAUUUAGCUUUCUUUGGUAUUGAUUUUUCAUCCUUGCAAAAGACUGAAAUGACUACUGCUGAGAGGGAACUUGAUCAAAACACAAACUUCGACUGGAACCGGAUUCAAGAAAGUGGACAGGAAGUCGAACCACUAUUUGGACCAGGUUACACAGGGCUUCUCAAUCUUGGGAAUAGUUGCUACCUGGCUUCCACCAUGCAAAUAAUAUUCUCUACUCGUUUCUUCUGUUCAAGAUAUUUUUUUGAUCAAAAUUUAAAAUCGGCCUUUAAUGCUGCUCCUGCCGAUCCGACUGUAGACUUAAAUAUGCAGUUAACAAAGCUUGCUCAUGGCUUGCUUUCCGGAAAAUAUUCGGUCCCAGUUCAGGAGAAAGACGGAAAUGCAGAUUCUGCUGCAAAUUCUACUAAACAGGAGGGCAUCCCUCCACGCAUGUUUAAAGCCGUGAUUGCUUCAAGCCACCCUGAAUUCUCCACUAUGAGACAACAAGAUGCCUUGGAGUUCUUCCUACAUUUCAUUGACCAAGUUGAACGACUAAAUGCUAGCAACCCUCAAUUGGAUCCUUCAAGGUGCUUUAAAUUUGGUAUUGAAGAGAGACUUCAAUGUCCAUCUGGGAAGGUUGCUUACAAUAGCAGACAAGACUAUAUUCUCUCUCUCAAUAUUCCACUGGACAGAGCUAUCAACAGAAAAGAAGUAGAUGACUUCCACAAAUUGAAGACAGCCAGAGGUGUAGAAGAGAAGGAAUUGUCUCCAGAUGAAAUUGUUCGGCCACGGGUUCGUUUAGAGGACUGUUUGCAGAAUUUUUCUUCUGAAGAAGAGGUGCAUGAGUUUUAUAGCACUGCUUUGAAAGCUAAGACAACUGCAUUGAAAACUGCAGGUCUCACUUCUUUCCCUGAUUAUUUGGUGCUGCAUAUGCGAAAAUUUGUCAUGGAGGCAGGCUGGGUGCCAAAAAAGCUUGAUGUUUACAUAGAGGUUCCAGACACACUAGACAUCAGCUUUAUGCGCAGUAGGGGUCUUCAGCCAGGGGAAGAGCUAUUACCUGAAGAUGUUGGUGAUCAUGAAGUAGAAGUGCCGAAAAUCUUACCAAAUGAAGACAUUGUUUCACAGCUUGUGGCCAUGGGAUUUAAUUACUUGCACUGUCAAAAGGCUGCCAUUAAUACAUCAAAUGCUGGAGUUGAAGAGGCAAUGAAUUGGUUACUUUCACAUAUGGAUGAUCCAGAUAUUGACGCUCCACUUUCACAAGGUAGUCAAAGAGAUGAGGUUUUUAUUGAUCAGUCAAAGAUUGAUACUCUAGUUACAUUUGGCUUUACAGAAGUACUUGCUCGGAAGGCACUUAAAGCAACUGGUGGUGACAUUGAGAAAGCAACUGACUGGAUAUUUAGUAAUAAUUCUACUGGUGCAUCUGACAUGGAUGCUACAUCAAGCACAACAAGUGUUGAUGCUUCUUUGCCUGAUGGUGGAGGAAAGUACAGACUAAUUGGACUGGUGAGCCACAUUGGUACUUCUACCCAUUGUGGCCAUUAUGUUGCUCACAUUUACAAAGACGGAAGGUGGGUGAUAUAUAACGAUGCAAAAGUUGGGGCUUCCAAAGAUCCUCCAAAAGACAUGGGGUACUUGUAUUUUUAUGAGAGAAUUGUUUCUUAGAUUUUGAAAGGUAGAAAGUAAAAAAAAAAAAUCCUUAGCUCAAGAGUUCACAAAGAAGCAAGUUCGUGUAGCAACCGUGUUUGCUAAAAUCAUUUGUAAAAGCGUCUUGUAAUGUCAUCUGGUAUGGGGUACGCAUACUAGUCUGCUGUUUGAUUUAAACUUAGUGACAUAGAACUUUGUAUCAUACUCUUUCAGCGGCAUUUUUAAGUAGCUCUCUGUACAUGUGGGUACAUCGUACAUGUGCGAAUAUUGAUAUGCAAAAUUAUGCAUGCUUAUGUGAUCA